AUGUCUGACAUAGAUUCAGAAUAUUCCGAUUCAGAUCAAGCUUUUGAUACUGCCCAUGAAAUACGGCCAGCCAAAUCCAGUGAUUUCCGUUCGCCUGGAGGUAGAAAUCACGAAAAAUUAGCGGAAUUAUUCGGCAUUGACGAAGAGGAUGAAGUGAUUUUCUUAUCAUUACUUUGUCUUUGUGAUCCUAAAACUCAACCAUCAGAAAGUAAUGAUUAUGUUUUAAGUAUCCAAUAUCUUACAGAGGUAUUCAUUGGCAUUGUUUAUUUGGAAACGUUGAAUAAAAUCGAAGGCCAAGAAGAUGAUGACUUUGUAAUCUCCAUUACUUCAGUUAAAUUUAAGAUGUCACUUCAGAUAUAUCAAAUAUUGUUCGAUAUUCUUUGUAAAUUAGGUGUUGCCGACGAUGAAGGUCUUCGGUCUCUCAAUUCAGGUAUAAAUUUAUCGAUGUGGGAUGAUGGAAUUGAAUGGUGGGGGCCAGCAGAAGAACUAUAUAAUGAUCAUUUUAAUCUUCGAACUAGUUAUCUCAUGUGUUGUAUACUUUUCAAUGCCCUUAAUUUCCUUUUUGUGGAAAAUGGAAUUUGUAAUUUAGCCACAAAUCCUUAUACUCCAUUUUUCACCCGAUUUUGGAAUUAUUAUACUGAUUUACUACUGAAAGAAUUAGAUAUUGAUCAUUUCCUCGAAUACCUGGGGAAGGACACCCCUCCAGGGUUAGUGGAGAUGUUAAAGGGGGCAUCUAUAGUGAGGUAUAUGUUAGCAUAUAUUUUAAACCAAUCACAAGGACCUUCCAACCCUAAUUACAUUAUUGAUUUAACUGAGAAAAGUCUUCUCGAUGUUUAUGAUCCUGUUGUUAGAGACAACGUUAAUGGAGGUGCCGUCACCAGAGACAUACAUUAUUAUGAAUUCAUUCAUCACAUAAUGAAUUUAGGCGAAAAGCCUUCGGAGGGAAGGAUGUUUUAUAAUGACCAUCCACCCUUUGAUGGAUAUGAUGAAGAUUUACGUUAUAUCCUUGAUUACGAGUCAGCCGAGGAGUUACUGGAUGUGGAAGAUGAAGUUUCUUCCUUUAAAAAUCUUCAGAACUAUCUUCGUAGUGCAGUUGAAGAGUUCAUUGGAGGUAAAGAUUUUGAAGAUAGAACACCACAAGAGAGGAUUGAAACUUCUAUGGGACCAAACUUGAUGUUAAAUGAUUCUUUUAGAAAAUCAGUUUUACCUCAACUCCGAUCGAUCAUCCAUGAUGUAAAUUCAUUGUCUACAGAUGACGUUGAAGGUUUGUUAACGUUUGACCAUCUACCAUUCGAAUCCAUAAUGACGUCUUCUCGGUAUAAAGAUGAUCCGAAAGAUCAUGUCAUUCGUAUAGCCAAAGUUAUGUUUCUUCUGGAAGUGUUCUUAUUGCUGGAUCAUUAUUUGGAUGAUUUAAUUAGUUACAUAUUCGAAGAAGCCGACGAAAGAUUCUAUACACCCUUGGUGGAGCAAAAUGCCAUCGUACCUGUAUACUCCAUUAAGAAUUUGGAUGUUCUCCUUGUCAAAUGUCCAGAAACCAUUAAAGCCAUUCUUGUUGAACUUUUCUUCUCCCCCCUGCGAAGAGGGAUGCUUGUAUUCAAUUUGUGUCAUGAAAUCAACCUCUCGUAUAAAUAUAUUGAUUUCAUCUGUCAAAUAUUGGUGGGUUUCCCCUUAAAUCCGGAAUACGGAUUUAGUAGGAAAGGUAAGACUUUAGAGUUCACUGACUUUGAGAAAGGUAUGAUGUUCAACCAUUUUAUUGAAAGUUGUGCUUUAUUCUUGAAAGCCUCUGAAGGGAUUGAAAAUGACGAAGGAUUUGAAUUUACCCUUUCCACCACAGUAUGUCAUAAAUUUGUCCAUUUAAUUUGUCUCCUCAUAGCCAAAGUCAUUCAAGAAGGAAUUUUUGAAUCCAAGGAUGGCGCUGAAGCCUUAGGCUCGAUCCAUGUAAUUAUAGGAUUUUUAUUUAGUUGGAUAAGUAAAGUACCUUUAGCUAGAACGUUAUACUUCCAAGUUCUAGAAUCGUUCAAGGCUAACAUGGUAGACCCAAUUAAGGUCCACAUGGAUGAAGGAAAGUACCCUGAUGUUGAUCCUAAAUUAGCCAAUAUUUGUGUCAAUGUCGUACAUACAUAUAAGAAAUCUCAACUCAUCACACGAGGUGAUUACGAAGAAGCUAAAGAAUUUGAGGGUGAUGCUGGAGCUAUCACUGAAUUUAUAGAGAAUUUCCCCCAAAUAGUCGAUUCAAAUUCAUGGCAGAUUCUUAAAGAGAUCGGUAAACGACCACCGGCUUUACCUAAAGAAGAACCACUUCACGUUCAUCGUGUUUUUAAAGGACCUCUAGAAGUUUCAAAGAAGAGCAUAAAGAAAAAAUAUAAGUAA